AAUUUAACAUACAAAAGUUUUAUUAAUUUUAGCUUCACAGCCGUUUGACCUACAAGAGCGGUUUCAAGUUCUACUAGCAGAAGUAAUUAUACAAAAUAUUCUGUAUUUGUGUAUUUACACCAGUGUUAAUGCAGAUACAUUAACAUGUAUAUUUAACAGUAUAUAACAGUUUUUCAGAGUUGUUUAAAUAAUGUAAGUUAUUAUAUUAUUAUUCAGAGUUGUAUCUGUUAAAGUGUUAAACAGAAGGACAAAAAACUAAUGAUACAUCAGAAUGUAGGUCCUUUACAGCAAUAAAAGUACUAAUACUCACUAAAGAAUACUCCACUACCAGUAAAAGUAUCAUUGAGCAGUAAAAUGUUUCACUGUUAUAUCGGAUGUUCCUGCUGCAUUAAUGUGUGUGUUGCAUGUUAACUCCUUUAUAUCCUGUUUAGUUAAAUCUACAUGAGAGCUUCAUGUUCUAUCAGAUCAUCAGAUGUUCUGUGAGAACCUCGUAACUCUAGAAAGAACAAACGAUGUAUUUUACAUCUGAUCCAAGAGGCUUUUUAAACACUUCAUGUAGCUGAAGGAGGAUCUUCUCAGUUUCAAGGAUUCAAAGACAUUCAUAGUCAUCAUACAACACAAGAACAAAAAACAGGACAAUCCUGUCUUUCUUUAUUUGCAUUAUUUUCAUUCACUCUGACUGUUUGAGCUCUAAGCUUCAUGUCAACACAGAGUCCUGAUCUGCAGGUCUCCUGGUCUGCAGGUUUAGCUGGUUUUUGUAGGCGGUGAUCGUCUCAAAGUCUGCUGCUCUUUAUCCACACGCUUCUUUCUCUGAUGUUUAUGAAUUAUUUCUGUCAUAUUAGCCCUUCAGUCAUCGCAAGAUUAAAAAAAUGGAGACAAAAUCUGAAGAAUAUACAACUGAGAAGCUGGAACCAGAGAAGUUUUGACAUUUUGUUCUCAAAAAACUGAUUCAAAGUGUUGCUCUGCCUCCUAGAAACUAACAUGAACUCUAACAUGUUGGAACUGAGGCAAAAAGAAACAUUUUAUUUAAUUAUAAUAGUGUCAAAAUAACACCAAUGUAAAUAUGCUAAAGUUAUAUUUGUACUAUAUAUAAAUAAAAUGUGACAUUUAGACCGAUGAUUGGUUCUUUUAAAAGCUGAUAUUGUUAAUCUUCAGCAGGUAAUCUGUUAAAUAACUCGUUGAAGCUCAAGUGGAGCUAUCCUGACUUUCAGCACUGGAUCCUACAUUUCCCAUAAUGCACCUGUAGCGUGUGUUUCAUCGGAGUCGUCUCAUUGGUUCCUCAGCGAUGAAGAAGAGGAAUCGGCUGCUGGCCGUGCUGGUGGGCGGAGUCUUCUGCGUGGCCGUGAUGUCACUGUACCGCAGGCUGGAGAUGAUGCAGGGGGCGGAGCUUCAACACAUGGAGACACCUGAUGGACAGGUGGAGGACGAUUUGUUCCGCCUCCAGCAGCAGAUUGACAAAUUGGAGCGUCUCCUUAGCGACAACAACCGCCUGGUCGCUACGCUGCGUGACAAAAUGUUCCACCGCCAAGCAUCAUGGGUAAAAGGAGGGGCGGUCAAUGUGAGCUCAGACUCCGCCCCCAGCCGAGCUGACUCUCUGCCUGGCUGCCGAUUGGCCGAAGAGAUGAAGGACAGAGCCGAUGGAGUGCAGCUGCUGGACGUUUACGACUUGUUAACGUUCGAGAAUCCAAACGGCGGCGUCUGGAAACAAGGCUUUGAGAUCAGUUACCACGGUGACGAGUGGGCGGAGCAGCCUCUGGAGGUGUUCGUGGUUCCUCACUCUCACAACGACCCCGGCUGGUUGAAGACGUUUGAGAAUUAUUAUCAGGACCAGACUAAACACAUCCUCAACAACAUGUUGAUCAAACUGACUGAAGACAGCAGGAGGAAGAUGAUUUGGGCAGAAAUCAGUUAUUUCUCUAAAUGGUGGAACGACAUCGACGAGCAGAAGAGAGAGAUGGUGAAACGCCUGGUGGGGGCGGGGCAGCUGGAGCUGGUGACGGGCGGCUGGGUGAUGGCCGACGAGGCGAACUCUCACUACUUCGCUCUGCUGGAUCAGCUGAUCGAGGGACACCAGUGGAUCCAGAGACACCUGGGUGUGAAGCCCAGCAGCGGUUGGGCGGUGGAUCCGUUUGGCCACUCCCCCUCCAUGGCCUACCUGCUGAAGGGGGCGGGGCUCAGCAACAUGGUCAUCCAACGGGUUCACUACGCCGUCAAGAAGCACUUCGCCCAAAAACAGACGCUCGAGUUCCUAUGGCGACAGAGCUGGGACUCCUCCCCCCGCAGUGACAUCGCGUGUCACAUGAUGCCGUUCUACAGCUACGACGUGCCGCACACGUGCGGUCCAAACCCGGCGGUUUGUUGUCAGUUUGAUUUCCACCGGCUGCCGGGGGGGCGGCUCUUCUGUCCGUGGAAGAUAUCGCCGCAGCGAAUCACAGAGCAGAACGUCGAGGAGCGAGCUCUCCUACUGCUGGACCAGUACCGCCAGAAGUCUCGUCUCUUUCGCUCUCCCGUCCUUUUCGUUCCGCUCGGCGACGACUUUCGGUUCGUGGAGUCGAGCGAGUGGGACGCUCAGUUCGGUAACUACCAGAAGCUCUUCGACUACUUCGACCAGCACCCGGAGCUCCACGUCAAGGCUCGGUUCGGAACUCUCUCAGAUUACUUCGAGGCUCUUCAUCGGCGUCUAAACGCAGCAGGAACGACUCUGCCGACACUUCGCGGCGACUUCUUCACGUACGCCGACCGAGACGACCAUUACUGGAGCGGAUACUUCACCUCCAGACCGUUUUACAAACGCCUCGACAGAACGCUGGAGGCCACGCUCAGAGCGACAGAAAUCCUCUUCAGCUUGACGUUGGCUGAAAUGCGUCGUUUUCGUGGCGAUGGUCGUCUGGUCUCAGAUUUCCCAGCACGUGAACACUUCAAGCGUCUGACGGCGGGGAGGCGGAGCUUAGCGCUGUUCCAGCACCACGACGCCGUCACCGGCACCGCCCGCGACCCUGUGGUGGUCGACUACGGCACCAGAUUGUUCCACUCGAUCUUGAACCUGCACAAGGUGCUGCAAAGCUCCGCCCACUGGAUGCUCCUAUUGGACAAGAGCCAGUACCACCACGACCAAUCAAAACCCUUCAUGCAGAUGGAUGACGUGAUGUCAGCGCACGACGCUCUGCCCCGGAAGACGCCGCUCACGCUCAGUGAUGAGCCCAGGUGAGAGGGGCGGGGCUUACGGAGGGAAGAGGCAGAGUCAGACUAGCUUAAUUUCUUAUUUUCUGACAAAAAUGUUUAUUUUGUUCUCAGUAACUAGUGAUUCAUCAAG